GCUGGUUGAAAAUGUAAGAGAAUUUGAUUUUGCAGCCACUGAAAAGAGAUUAAGUCGACAGCAGAGGAAGUUAAAUUGUGCUGCAUAUAAACAAUGGGCGGAUUGGUCUUUAGAUGAGACAUUGGUACCACCUUCCAUUCUAAGUCACAGCGUAUUUCACAUCCGGUUUACCCAGGGACAUGUUACUAUUGUCCUGGUAAAGUAAAGCUGUAUUUGGCUGCAGUUUCCGUAUUUAGAGUAGAUUUUGUAGUUAGAUUACUAAUUUGUUGGGGACUGAGAAGAGUUUAACUCCCCACACCAAUGAACAGUGCGCGAGACCUGCGCAUACUCAGCAUCGUCAGCUGCCGCUUCUCGAGACUCAAGCUAAAUUUCGUCAGAUCUGAGAUCUUGGAGGAUUGUUCUCAUCGAAUCCGUGUAGAAAAGAUCUCCAUACAAGUUUGAGAAUACGACAGCCUCGAACAUCUCUGCCAUAUCGCUUGACAAACCACUCUCCAACCAUGGGUGGACGGACAGGAACGGCCAUACUACUAUGUGUUUGGGCCUGUUUGCUGGUGGCCAACGUGCUUUGUGGGAAAAGCUCUGGACAGAAUGGCCAGACGGCUGAGCAGAAAGACAACACCACAGUGUUCACCCGGAUCCUAGACAGCCUCCUGGAUGGCUACGACAACCGUCUCAGACCAGGGUUGGGAGAGCGUGUAACUGAAGUCAAGACUGACAUUUUCGUGACGAGUAUUGGGCCCGUCUCGGACCAUGACAUGGAAUACACCAUUGAUGUGUUCUUCCGUCAAAGCUGGAAGGACGAACGGCUAAAAUUUAAAGGGCCAAUGGCGGUUCUCCGUUUGAACAACCUGAUGGCCAGUAAAAUCUGGACCCCUGACACAUUCUUUCACAAUGGCAAGAAGUCUGUGGCCCACAACAUGACUAUGCCCAACAAACUCCUACGAAUCACAGAGGAGGGAACUCUGCUCUAUACUAUGAGACUGACCGUGAGGGCAGAGUGUCCCAUGCACCUGGAAGACUUCCCCAUGGAUGCCCAUGCUUGCCCACUGAAGUUCGGCAGUUAUGCUUACACCAGGGCUGAGGUUGUGUACGUGUGGACGAGAGGGGCAGCCCAGUCUGUUGUGGUGGCUGAAGAUGGCUCUCGGCUCAACCAGUAUGAUCUGAUGGGGCAAAGUGUGGACUCUGGGGUUGUCCAGUCCAGCACAGGAGAGUAUGUUGUCAUGACGACACACUUCCACCUGAAGAGGAAGAUUGGUUAUUUUGUCAUCCAGACGUACCUGCCCUGCAUUAUGACGGUGAUCCUGUCCCAGGUGUCCUUCUGGCUCAACAGAGAGUCCGUCCCAGCCAGGACUGUGUUCGGAGUGACAACUGUGCUGACCAUGACCACCCUCAGUAUCAGUGCUAGGAACUCUCUCCCAAAGGUGGCCUAUGCCACAGCCAUGGACUGGUUCAUUGCAGUCUGCUAUGCCUUUGUCUUCUCUGCCCUCAUUGAGUUUGCUACAGUCAACUACUUUACAAAGAGGGGCUACGCCUGGGACGGAAAAAGUGUGGUGCCAGAGAAGCAAAAGAAGAAGAAAGAGUCCCUCCUGAAGAAGAACAACACCACAGCUUACACCGCCGCCACUGCUACAGCCUUCGCUCCAAACAUUGCCAGAGAUCCUGGUUUGGCCACCAUUGCCAAAAGCGCCCCCCCUCCCCCCACCGAGCCCAAGGAAGAACCCAAGCCCAAGCCACCAGAGGCUAAGAAGACCUUCAACAGCGUCAGCAAGAUCGACAGGAUCGCCAGAAUAGCCUUCCCGUUACUCUUCGGAACCUUUAACCUGGUCUACUGGGCAACCUACUUGAAUAAAAAGCCCAAGUUACAGGGGAUGACCCCGGGAUCCCACUAAUCUCAAUACCCCCUUCUUUUCCCCCCCGAAUGUUUAUUUUCAGAAAACAUGGUGUCCAUGCUGGUUGAGUUCCCAGUCGCCACAUUGCUUUAAUGUCAAAUACCUUCCAAGAUAAAAAAUCAAUAAAACAAAAAAAGAGAAAAGGUGUUAGGAUCUGAGCAAUGUGGUGACCAUUUAAUGGGAAUUGUUUUGGGGAGGGAGGGAUUAUGCUACUAAAGAAAAUAUGCUACGAAUAAUAUAUGAUAUACACAAGAGAAUGCUAUUCUACAAAUGCACAUAGCCCAACAAUUGUUAAGGAUCUAUUAUUUGUUUUAGUUUUCUGAUAUGUGUUCAGUUGUUGUUCUGCAUUACAUGUUUAACGCUGUAAAAGAGAAUCGUGUUUUUGCAUGGACUGGCCGUUUUUCUUUUCAAAGACCAAUCAACAUUUAUUUGACCGAUGGACCAGUUUGUUUGAUAUCAGUGACAAAAUGCUACCUUCAAUCUUCGUCAAAUAUUCUUCCAUUCUCUGUAGUUGAUGUUUUGGGGUUGUUCAUUUCCUUUUGUUGAAAUAAUCAAGAUAGGGUUUCAGCAAUAGCAAUAAAACAUGUCUCAAUGGAAACAAUGUCAUCCAUUCAUCGAUUUUAGAAGAAGAUAGAUACAAUUCAAUCAUUUAUGUGCAACAUUAGGAAUACUAUUAAUUUAGUUGUUUUGUAAAUAUGAUCAAGUGUUAGAGAUGUCAACAUUAUGUUUAAGCUUUGCAAAGUGUAACUAAGGGUAUACAUAUACAACUCCUGGCAAAAAAAGGUUUUCUUACUUUAACCGUUUAUGAAACAUUGAAAAUAGUUUGUAUGAAGAGAGUAUUUACUGUUUCAAUCCUAAGUGACUGUUUCUUACCAAGUCAGUGUUCCACUGAUCGCUGGUCAACGUUGCCAGCGGUUAUCACUGAAGUAUAAGUUAAUAUCUAUUCAACUAAAUCCAUAGCUGUGUGUAUGUGCACACUAACAACAACAAUGUGUCAAGGUCUGGGAUAGUAAUGAGUAAGAAUGUAAACUGUCAAAUCUAAAUGUCGGAAUGCAUUUUAUAUUUAGAAUUAAAAAACACUAUUAUUCUUUACUUUGGUUUCUGGUUUCUAUGGCAGAGAUGAGCCCCUAAAGGGACAUUUGUACAGGGCCCAGAGGACUGUCAGCAAACAUUAUUUAGUUUCUAAGAUGGCUGCUAGCAGUGAGCGUUGCAGCGGGCGGGCAGUGGCAAACUCAUUGAGAGUGAAGAGCAGUGCCACUAAGGAAACGCUACUCCCAUGACUGAUGACACUAAGUUCUCCAUCCUGCUGUAUUCCAUGACCCUGUGAUUCCCAUCUUCUGUUGACAAUGUUUUAGACAACACUCAGAACGUACCAGCUACACUGCCUUCAGUCUCACAUGCCGUUAGAGGAAUGGUUAUUUUUGGACUGCAUCUGCUGCUGCUUGAUGAUGAUGAGAGCGAAAGCGGAGGCACUCAACUUUAUUGGCUAGUGCUGUGUCCUGCGCAUAGGACAUGUCUUGUAGUUCUUUGAUAGUAUUGAAUAUCUAUAUUUUUGUAGCAUGAUGCCAAUCCCUCCUCAGAGAGAACCAACAGAUUCUAAAAUAUGUUUGCUUUCUUUUUCUAUUCACAUUCAAACAUACACAAGGAGGUGUUUUCUCAGAUGUGGCAAGUUCAAGUUAAUUGUCCUUCUCAAAUUCUGUUAAUGUAGCAAUAUUGAUUAGCAAGGGCUUUUUGAAAAUAUGAAUUUAAAGCAUGCAUUGUCCGGGGUGAUAUCCAAGGUAGCUUUAUGGUGACCUCAGUAGUCAUAGUUACAAAAUCUCUUUUGAUUAUCGAUCACGAGCGUUGGCUUUUAGUUUUUAUUCUCCGUGGUUUUCAAGCCGUCAGCACCUGACCUGCUUUCAGAAAUCUAUGAUCCAACUUGAGAGUGGGGGUAUUCUAUAGCAUGGGUUGGGGUGUUCUUACAGUAAAUGGGUUUUAUAGUACUGGACAUUGUGCAGUGGUGACGACAUCUCUGGACCUUGUAGAAAGACUAGUGUGUAUUGUAUAUCAGUGCACAGGGGUAAAGGGACAGUGUUUCCCAGAGGGAGAGAGUCGGUUGCAUUAUGACCAAUAGAGAGGAUCCGUUCCUGGAGACAGAGGGCUUUCAGUGUGCAGGUUCACUCUGCCGUGCACAGAGUAGUCUGUUUCAAACCGUGUGAAAUGUACAAAUAUACAUACAUAGAUCAUUAAAUUCAAACGUAUUGUAUGGAUGUUUAUUAUCAUGACGAAAACAGCAUAAAUAUAUAUAUAAUAUACAUAACGCAUAUAUGACUAUUUCAUAAAACAUACUAGCUAAGAUAAUGAUAAAUAUCGUUUGUACCAAGCUAUUGUUAUACAUUAGAUAUAUACUUGACAUGUAUGUAGUCAGCUUUGUGCUAUGCAAGGACAGCUUUGUGCCAUGCAAGGACAGCUUUGUGCCAUGCAAGGACAGCUUUGUGCCAUGCAAGGACAGCUUUGUGCCACGUUCAUUCACUUAUUUCUUUGACCGUUGUGUUUCCAAUUAACAAGGUAUUGUAUAAAGCUUAACUCUUUAAUCAACCAUGCAACCUACUUAGCCUUUUAACCAUUUUUUCUGCUGGGUAAUCACGAAGUAGAUUGUGAUUGUGAAUUACUCUACCAUUUUUUAUUGAUGUACAGGUCUGAAUCUAAUGAUGGGUGAUUGGGAGAUGAUGGCUUUGAAUGUCGAUUGCAUUUAUUAAUUUUUUGAUAAGGCAAUAAAGUGAAUCAAUUGAAAACCUCAAGCUAAAGUAUAUCAAGUUCACAUUAAUUGUUUUAUUUGAGGAUAAAAUUAAUAAGAUUUGAUCAUAUAAUCAGAGACUGAUGGAUUGCAGAAUGGAUAAAUUGUUUUCUUUUCCAUAUAGUUAGCACUUUAGUUUUAGAGAUAUUAAAUCCCUGAAGGGCUCCUCUAUAAUUUAGCAAAUUAAAACCUCAAUACAUUUUACAAUGGAAAGUGGACCACCACCAGUUGUUGUUAUUCUGGCAUACUCAUUUAGGAAGGCACUGUAUUUGCUCCAGUGCACUGGCUGUGGAAUCUGUGGCACAUUUGCAAACAUGAGCUUCCAACCCUGUACCCUUUUACAUCAAUCAGCUGUAACAUGUAAAUAAAAGCAUUGCAAAUCGUC